CUCGCCCGCAGCGGAACGGGGCAGCGGGAGCCGUGCGCUCCCCUCGGCACUCCUGCAGGGCUCCCCCAGCCCGGGCGAUGCCGUGUUCCSGCACGGGGGUCCGGGCCGUCCCGCRGAGGAUCUCCGCAGGAACCGCUCUGUCAGGAGGGGGAUGGCGGUGCCUGUCCCUCGCCCGCCGCGGGCCCGGGGUGCUGAGGGCUUUGGGAGGGGUGUCCCGAGCUGCGGCGGCCAUUCGGUCCUGCCUCCCUUCCCUCUCCCCGCGGCUUUGAUCUCGGCUCCUGACUCCUGCCCGGAUCCUUCGCCGGGGCUCAGAGCGCAGGCGGGGAGRCAGGCGGGGUGCUCGGGCUGCCCCCGCACCUCUCUCCGCCGGGGUGGGGAAUGCUGCUGCCCCGAUCCCCGCGGGGGGCAACAAAGGGCUAUAAAGGGGACAAGCGAGCGGGAGGCACUCGCGAGUGGGGAAGCGGGGAAAGGGGACAAGGGGGGGCGCGAUCCAAGCUGGCAUCAGGGAGCAGGAGGCGGCAAGCGGAGCCAGGAGGGCGGGGAGGCGAGGGCCACCAGAUCUGCCAUUCAAGGGUUCCGGCACCCUCCCAGGGAGGGGAGGGAGCUCUCGCCAGGAGUUUGGCUAAGCCUCUGUUUGAACAGACACUUGGAGGUGCGGGAUCUCCUCCGCGGAAACCUGCGGGAUUUCCUCAGGGAGCCAGACGCGAAGGUAAGGAAAGCAGUCUGGGAGAGCCUGACUUGCAGCCCAGCUCCGACCCUUCAGCAAUGGACAGCAGCUACCUCAGCGUGAAGGAGGCCGGGGUGAAAGGGCCCCAGGACAGGGCGAGCACAGACCUGCCCAGCCCCAUGGACAAGGCUGACUCGGAGAGCAACAAGGGCAAAAAGCGCAGGAACCGCACCACCUUCACCAGUUACCAGCUGGAGGAGCUGGAGAARGUCUUCCAGAAGACCCACUAUCCCGAUGUCUACGCCAGGGAGCAGCUAGCCAUGAGGACAGACCUCACCGAGGCUCGUGUACAGGUGUGGUUUCAGAACCGGCGAGCCAAGUGGCGCAAGCGGGAGCGGUUCGGUCAGAUGCAGCAGGUCCGGACCCACUUCUCCACCGCCUACGAGCUGCCUCUGCUCACCCGAGCUGAGAACUACGCCCAGAUCCAGAACCCCUCCUGGAUCGGCAACAACGGAGCCGCCUCCCCCGUGCCCGCCUGCGUCGUGCCCUGCGACACGGUGCCGUCCUGCAUGUCCCCCCAUGGCCACCCCCACGCGGCCGGCGGCGUCUCCGAGUUCCUCGGSGUGUCGGGGCCCGGCAGCCACGUGGGACAGACUCACAUGGGCGGCCUGUUCGGCACAGCCGGCAUGAGCCCCGGCCUCAAUGGCUACGAGCUCAACAGCGAGCCGGACCGCAAGAGCUCCAGCAUCGCUGCCCUGAGGAUGAAAGCCAAGGAGCACAGCGCCGCCAUCUCCUGGGCCACAUGACAGGGCUGCAGCCCGGGGCCCGCCACACACGGAGAGAGCACGGGGAACAGCCCCAUCAAUCCAUCCGCUUGGACUCCAGACAGCAGUUGCCUCCUCGGGGAUCUGAAUGCAGCACUUUUAGCUACCCUAGGCGUAUAAARUACAUAUGUUAACGUAAGUGGAGUGUUUCCAGCGUGAACGUGGCAGCUCCCGGCUUCCUGGGAUCGGGCAGGGAGAGGGAGGCUGUGGAGCAGCGCCUCUUCCAUCAAGAUCUGGGAUGGGAUGCGUCCCUUCUCACUGCCACCUCCCCAAUAACCUAGGCAUUUUUUCUUCCCGCUAUUUUUUCUGGCAYCAGAUCUGCCUUUCCAAAGAGCAAGAGCCCACUGGCCUUUCAGCAGCUUCUCCCAUCCCACUACGUGUCCCCACUCACACAUUCUGCCCUGGCAGGGGGCUGGAUAGGGACUCUGGCACCAGCAAAGAGACAUUUCUCACACUGCUCACAUCAUUUUARCAGGAGUUUCCACUUCCCACAGCUGAGCAGGGAGCUGGGCUGGGAAGAUAACUGAAACUAGAAAAAAAGGCAACAUKAGCCCACCUCCUUUUAUCCUGCUCCCUCUCCAUCUUGUAGCCUGAGAUGAAGCACAGAGUUGUAGAGGCCUAUGAAGGGGAUGCCCCUCUACCCAACACGACACAGAGUUAUCACACUGAGAGUCUGUCAGAGCUCUGGUGACCCAGAUGGAGGUCCAGUCCAGCAGACAAAAGUUCCCAGUAUGGCUCACUGCUCCAGGGAGUGCCUGGGCUUUGCUUUCCCUGCUCAUGGUCUGUGUUGAGGCCCUCAAGUGUGGUGAUACAGGAAAAGGUCUCCUCUGGCUUUCACUGGAUCAGGAAUUACUAAUCUCAGUUUAGAGACAGCAGCUCUGGCAGGGAAUUGCUGUGUAAAUCCCUGAGUCCCCAGAAAGACUGCUCUUAUAAAGAGCUCAAGCACUAGCACACAGCCACAGUGGCACAAGGCCACCAAAUUCCUCAUACACCUCAUGCUGGGGUCAGACAUGCAAUGACAGGCUCUCCCUCAGCCCUCCACCACAGUGCCCUGUUGAACACAAGGCUGUGGGCAUCUCUGCAUGGGGGUAGCACAGGGCUCAAGGGAGGAUGAGAUGAUGCUGCCCCAUCUCCAGCCACCUCAGAUCCUCUUCACUUUGCAGAGGAAGUAGGAGAGACUAGAACUUCCUUGGUUUGUCUGAGCCAAGGUGCCUGUCUGCUUUUCCCUCCCAGUGCUCCCACCUGCUCAGAGCUGUCAAGUGAGGUCUCCUUUGCAAGGCUAAACCUUUUACAAGUUUUUCAAUGAUCACAAUGUUAGGAAUAAUUCUGGAGCAACCUUUUAUCCCACUUAAAUAUGACCAAGGAGAAGCUGAAAGUCAGCUUAGCACCAUUACCCACACACCGGUGGCAAUGCAAGCUGGGCUUGAGCUGGGGCAGACACCUCCAAGAUUUGAAAGGGAACUACAGGAUAUUAUUCCCAUAAAAACUGGUUUGUCACCCUGCCCUCUAUCCUCCUACUCAUUGUAAGGGGAUCUUGUAGUCUAAGGUGCAGGAAUAUCUAAAGGUUCCAAAUAUCUUGGAAAAGGUUCCAAGUAAGCUAGAACCAAAUGUCAGGCUUCACGUUAAUGAAGGUAUUUCCAUAGUGUCUCGACUGUCAUACACUACCUAAAAGAUACACAUUGCUAGGUCAAAAGUAAUAUAUUUACUGCAAUAAGAAAACACCAAUGGUGCUGUUUCUUUUUGCUCCUCAGAAAUGCUGAGAUGCCUUCCCUGCUAUGCACGGGAGCCAGCACACAUUUCACCACAUCAUCUGCAUAACCAGGGCCUCUCCCAUCACAAGCAGCCAGGAUUUCUAUCCCAGUCUAAACAUUCAGCUGAGKCCUCGGGCAUGGUGGCUUAGAUGCUGAAAGGGAUGCUGAUCACUGAACCAGACAGGAUCAUGCUGACCUGUUGGAGGCAGGAACAACCUCACUGUGUACCCCAGAAGCCACUGAGAUCCCCAGCCACCCAGAGACUGGUGACAGGAGGCAAUUUGUCCAUCAGAUUUUGUGCAGGCAGCUGAGCACAGCAUUGAGAGCAUUUUCCCAGGUACACCAAGGAGCUUGAUGCUUCUCCCUGUCAGCAGGCAAUCUGUGGAGGGAUGCUGCCUGAACAGCCCAGUACCAUUGCUCACAAGGCAAAUUAGCAACAAGCAGAGCUGAGGAGAGGGCAGUGGGGCGGAGAGACAAAGGGGGACAGGUCUUGCUUAGCCUGCAGGUUCAGAAGGCAGCUCCACUGGAGGGCUGCAGCUAUUCAAGAGCUUCGCUGCAUUCUCUACAGAAGWUAAAGGGUAGCUUUUCCUCACAGACUUCCACAGGGCCAGUAUUUCAUCUGAGCUGUUUAACAGCCCAGAGGAUUAAGUGCUGUAUCCCUGUCUUGUUAGAGAGAGAGGAGAAUCUUCUGGCAGCAGACUUGGCAUUUAGAGCAGCUUGGCCCCCACUUUCCCUCACCUUAAAAUUCAUGUGCAAAGCACAUGUUGGACUGAGUCUGAUUUAAACAGCACUGUGCAUGCCCAGCCCUCAGCCUGCUGCAAACACCAUGAGGUGAGGGGGAAUGUUGUUCCCUGGACCCCCAUUCCCCAGGGCUCCCUUCCCCUCUCCAGUUGCAGGCAGCCCCACUGCUCGCCAGGCUCUGCCUCGCCUCUCGGGGUGCUGCUGCCAUUCUGGCACCGUCCCUUGCACCCACACUUGUCGUUAAUGCUGGAAGGGGUGCCCCUCCCAAAUCCCCAAAAACARUUGUUCUGGUAGUUGUUAAGCUACAUGCAUCUGUACUUACACACAUUUUUACAAUUAAUUUAAGAAGGUUUUUAAAACUAGCUGUUAAAUUAACAUGAAAAUUACAUAAAUACAUAUAUAUAUCCAUUUAUUUAUAUAUAUAUAUGUAUCUUUAUCUAGCCAGCCUGCAGCUACUGCAUUUCUUAAGGGUCACAGGGUCAGUGCUGUUCUUGCAAUCUCAAAUUACCACAAUGAUACCUUUUUUAAUUAUUAUUGUUGUUAUUUUAAUACCUUUCAACUCUAUUUAUGACUUUCUUCUCUAUUUAUUUCUUAUUUAGUAUUUUACUCCUGUCUAUAUAUUGAAUCACAAUUCCCUGGCUUGGACUUGCCUUCAAAGCUGCAAGCUUUGUCCCCAGUCACCACCAAAAUGUCUCACAAGCAUCAGCCGUCCCAUGGUGGCAUUUUCUGUGCUAGCUGGGCUCAUCCAUCUGCUCUCUCCAGCCUCAUGAAGGUAGAAAACAUUUCUCCCAGGCAGUUCCUGGCCCUGGCUAUGCAGCAGGUACCCUACAAGGGGGCUGCCUUAUGUUACCCAUGGUUGGGAACCCCUAGAGAUGUCCCAGAGCUUUGAGACCAGGAGGAUGCAAAAAACAAGAGCAGCACAGGUUCCUGGCACUGGCAUAAAAGAGGUUGGGUAUCACUCACUGCCAAGCACUCGGAGGCGCUUCUUGCCUACAAGCAGGAGUUAGUGCUUUGGUAGCAAUUGCAAACCAGUGGGGAACCAGGCUCGGGCUUGCUGGGCCCUGCAGGGUCCAGACUCUAAGGGCUGCUGUGCCUCAACAAGCUCCUGGAGAGGGGCCAGGUCAGCCCCCUGGCACGUCCCCUGCUGCCAGCAGUGCCACCCACCUGCGCU